AAGGAGAGUGCAAAGAUGAAAAAUAUCAACAAAACUAUUGAACGAUACCAACGCUGCUCUUUUACUCCUCAAGAUGAACAUGUUGAAUGUGAAACUCAGAGCUGGUACCAGGAGGUAUCAAAGCUAAAGGCAAAGUAUGAGUCUCUACAAAGGACUCAGAGGCACUUGCUUGGGGAAGAUCUUGGACCAUUGAGCAUAAAGGAGCUGCAGAAUCUUGAGAAACAGCUUGAAGGUGCUUUAGCACAGGCCAGGCAGAGGAAGACACAAAUUAUGAUUGAACAAAUGGAAGAGCUACGUAGGAGGGAGCGCCAUCUUGGAGAUAUGAACAAGCAACUUAGGCUCAAGCUUGAGGCAGAAGGGUUCAAUCUAAAAGCUAUGGAAAGCUUGUGGAGUUCAACUUCAGCUGCUGCAAACAGCAACUUUACCUUUCAGCCUUCUCAAACCAAUAACCCUAUGGAUUGCCAACCUGAGCCUUUCUUGCAAAUAGGGUACCAUCACUAUGUUCAACCUGAAGCAUCUAAUAAUGUUGCUAAGAACAUGGGUUGUGAGACCAAUAACUUCAUGCAUGGAUGGGUGCUUUGAUCAUCAUUAUAAUUACUAUAUAAUAUAAUAGCGUAUAUGACUACUCACCUUGUUGUCUAUAUAUGCUUUUAUUUGAAUUAGAAGAUACUUGUGUUUUGAAUGGUUUUUAAUUAAUUAGCAUCAUAAACUGUGUAUCUUUGUUACUAUCAUCAAUGUGUGGGAAGCUAUUACAGACUUCUAUAGCCUCUUCUGUGUAAUUGGAUACAAAGUAUAGACUUUAAACAAUGUUAUAUUGUUUGGACUAA